ACCUCACUCGUGGGCUGGAUUGCUAGAGUGGGAUUUCUAGUCUUUCGGAGCGCAGUAUAUUUUUGCUUGACUACCUUUGGAUCUGUGUGCGUUUUACAGUAAUAAAGACAGAUUUUCUGAAUCGGUAAAUGUAGAUAUUUCAGACUGGAUCUUUACAUCUGUAUACCGUCUCCAAUUGGAAUAAAUAAUUGAGGAAUGUGGAAAUUACAGAAUGCCCAACAGCGUUGGAAAGAGAUUUAAACCCACCAAAUACAUCCCGGUAUCUACUGCUGCCACUUUUCUUGUGGGAUCCACCACCUUAUUCUUCGUUUUUACGUGCCCCUGGUUGACCAACACGAUCUCCCCCGCCGUGCCUCUCUACAAUGGCGUCGUCUUCCUAUUUGUGCUGGCCAACUUCAGCAUGGCUUCCUUUAUGGACCCUGGAGUCUUCCCCAAAGCGGAUGAGGAUGAGGACAAGGACGAUGAUUUCCGGGCACCUCUCUACAAGAAUGUAGAGAUCAAAGGAAUUCAGGUCCGGAUGAAAUGGUGUGCCACCUGUCACUUCUACAGACCGCCCCGUUGCUCUCACUGCAGUGUGUGUGACAACUGUGUGGAGGACUUUGACCACCACUGCCCCUGGGUGAACAACUGUAUCGGGCGUAGGAACUACCGUUACUUCUUCCUGUUCCUGCUGUCGCUAAGCAUCCACAUGGUGGGCGUGUUCUCCUUUGGCCUGCUGUUCGUGCUGCACCACAUGGAGGAGCUGGGCAUGUUGCACACCACCGUCACUCUAGUGGUGAUGUGUAUAGCAGGGCUCUUCUUCAUUCCAGUCAUGGGCCUGACAGGCUUCCAUAUGGUCCUUGUCGCCAGAGGUCGCACCACUAACGAACAGGUGACGGGCAAGUUCCGUGGAGGAGUAAAUCCCUUCACGCGGGGUUGCUGUGGCAACAUCAAGUAUGUCCUGUGUGCUCCCCUGGCGCCCAGGUACAAUGGUGUGGACCCCAGGAAGAAGCCCCCUGUCUCCAUCCAACCCCCCUUCAUCAGACCAGACCUCUCUGACAGACAGAUCAGCAUCAAGGUCAGCAACAACGGGAUCCACACCAGUAUCCUCCAGUCUAAAUCCAAGAUCAGUCUGGAUGGCCUGGCCGUGGAUGACAAAGGCCUAGACACCCAGCCUCCGCUACCUCCCAAAGCAGAACGCUACAACCAGCUGAAGAGCCAGCUGACAUCCAGCCAAGAUAGUUCCCUGUCCGGCAAGACCCAUCCCUCCACCCCGGCCAUGUACAAGUACCGGCCCUCGUUCGGCACCAUCCCUAAAGUCCAUUACCAUGCGGCAGGAGAGAAGAUUGUAAUGCCAGAUGACCACCGUAAGGCGUCAGCCAUCUUGGAGGAGGGCCGUUGCCAUGUCGACUACCGCUCAGAGCCCAACCUGGACCUGCCUGACUACCGCAACGCCCCUCUCCACCGCUCCUUCCAGUCCUCCCCGCUGCAACUGGACUCCUACCCCAUAAACUCCAGCUCCCUCAACAUGAAGCAGGCCCACCAGCUCAGGGACAAGGGCCAGCUGCCUGUCCUGCAGCCUGAGACAGUCACCUCCACCCCCUACAAGAGCGUCUUCUCCCCACUGUCCAACCGCAACAGCAGCCUCUCCUACGACAGCCUGCUCAACCCCAGCAUUUCCCCAGCCACCGCAGCCGAGUGCAUGGCCCACCCCGGCAUGCCCUCUAUGGGCUCGCACUCACCCUACCUGCCAACCAAAAUGUGCCACGUGCGGGGGCCUGAACCUCAGAUCCAGAAGCAGCAGGUCCCCCCCAGCUUCAGCCCGGUGUUGGGCUCCGGGGGGAUGGGGAUGAGCAGGGGCAGGGGCAGGCAGUCCCCGCAGAACAAGGACCUGUCCCCGGUGUUGGGCUCCAGGGGGAUGGGGAUGAGCAGGGACAGACAGUCCCCCCAGGACCGGGACCUGUCCCCGGUGCGCUACGACAACCUCUCCAAAACCAUCAUGGCCUCCAUCCAGGAGCGUAAGGAGAUGGAGGAGAGGGAGAAGCUGCAGCACCAUGGGGGGUGCUCCCAGGCUCAGUCCUAUGCCCAGGCUCAGGACUCAGGCAUGUUCGACAGCUCUGGAGGGUACGGUCUGCCUCCCAGCGCCUGCUACCCGGAUAGUCCCCGGGACCCCAGCUCCAGAGGUCCCACGCCUCCAGCCUACGGAGGCUCUAGGGACAACCUGAUGGGUGUGGUGAGCUACGGGCCUCGGACCCCCGUGCUGCGCUCCGCUGGUGGCUCCUCUCUGGCACGUGCCCCCAGGACUUCCUCCAGCUCCCUGCACACUGACAGCAGCAUGCAGGGAGGCAGGGUCCCUGAGCCCCCAUUCCGCUCCCCACCCCACCAGCCCCACAACUCCCCUGCCAUGCCCCAAUCCCCCUCCUACACCCACAAGAAACUCUCCUUCAUCCACGCCCUGGAGAGAACAGACUCACCCCGCCUUGGUGGCCCAAGAGAGGCCAUGAUGCAAAGUAAAGUGAAUGGGCAAACAGACUGCCAUCUGGGACCCAACAGCUCCACCACUCUCAGCCCUAGCCGCCACAGUAAUGUCAAAAAGGUGACUGGGGUGGGUGGCACAACCUAUGAGAUAUCUGUGUGAAAGGGCUGGGGCCCGGGGCACCAAACCUUGAGGGAAGAGGCAGCAUUCUCAUGGCAUCCACAUCCAAUGACAACAACAACUGUGCUACACAGAGAGGGUUCUCUUCUUCCUUUGACCUUUUUUUAUUCGAUAUUGUCCAAUCAGGGGCGCAUAGCAUUUCCUACUUGGGAAUUAUUGGCGGACCUCUGCUCUUUCCGUGCCUAGCCCUUGGUCUCUGUGUCUGUACUGGAGGAGUGCGCCGUGAUAAGUGUGUGUUUGAUUGGAAAAGAACAACUUCAACCUAAAGAGGGCUGAUGUUCUUACUGAGUGUUUUGUUGAAUUUUGUGGCUUGUUAUGUUAGUCAUCAGUGGACAGUCUGGAUGAGAUCUUAAAUUUGGCAUGCAUUUACAGCAUCUCAGUUGUGGUCUAGGUGCUGUUCUGUAUGAUCACACUCCCUAACCACCCACCCAGGCUGCGAGAGGUUAAUACACUGACACCCUUACACAUACAGAUGAUGCCACAUGUCUUUGUUCAGUCACAUUCUCUGAAAUAGCCAUGGUAUGGGGAGCCACCUCUAACCCAAUAAGUCAUGCAUACAGCACCAAUCCAUUAGAUUCAAGCAUACAGCACCAAUUCAUUAGAUUCAAGCAUACAGCACCAAUCCAUUAGAUUCAAGCAUACAGCAUCACUCCAAUGGAUUCAAGCAUACAACACCAAUCAAUUAGAUUCAAGCAUACAGCAUCACUCCAUUGGAUUCAAGCAUACAGCAUCACUCCAUUUGAUUCAAGCGUACAGCAUCACUCCAUUGGAUUCAAGCAUUCAGCAUCACUCCAUUGGAUUCAAGCAUUCAGCGUCAAUCCAUUUGAUUCAAGUGUACAGCAUCACUCCAUUGUCUUCAAGCAUUCAGCAUCAUUCCAUUGGAUUCAAGCAUUCAACGUCAAUCCAUUGGAUUCAAGCAUAUACACAUACCUCUUAUGAAUUCAAGGUGCUUUCAAGGUGCUGAACGUGUCUGUCUUGUCCAUCAACAACAUGUUGGCCAUUACUGAGCAGCAUGCUCAGGGGUGGCCUAGUGGUUAGAGCGUUGGACUAGUAACCGGAAGGUUGCAAGUUCAAACCCCCGAGCUGACAUGGUACAAAUCUGUCGUUCUGCCCCUGAACAGGCAGUUAACCCACUAUUCCUAGGCCGUCAUUGAAAAUAAGAAUUUGUUCUUAACUGACUUGCCUGGUUAAAUAAAGGAAAAAUAAAUAAAUAUCACAUCGCACCAGUCAGUGUUAGAUCAAUGCAAUCUUUAAUACUGUUCCAAUACCGUCACAAGAUGGGCUGAAUGGAUAUAUCAAACUGUUAAAUGGCAAUGCAACAGUGCUGUGUGGCACUCAGAGACACAGGUCUUGAAUUUCUCCAACUACAUUUAUCCUCUGAGUUUUGAGGUGGUGUUUUAGGGCUUACAGUACAGGAGCAUCAUCUCAACUCUAGCUGAGCUCCAGUAUUUAUUUCCCUUUAUAAACUGGGUGGUUCGAGCCCUGAAUGCUGAAAGUCAUGGUAUAUCACACCCAAUACCACAGGUAUGACAAAACAUUUAUUUUUACUGUUCUAAUUACGUUGAAUAGCAAAAAGACACCUCGGGUUUGUGGUACAUGGCCAAUAUACCAUGACUAAGGGCUGUAUCCAGGCACUCCGCUUUGCGUUGUGAGCAUGAACAGCCCUUAGCCAUGGUAUAUUGGCCAUAUACCACAUCCCCUCGUGCCUUAUUGCUUAAGUAUACCAUAAGCUACAGUUAUCAGUAACCGAGAAUGUUGGACUAUCUAUUGAUUUCCAUGUCAUGUUUGAGUGACCCCCGACACAGACCAGUGCUAAGAAGAUACACAAAAUCCUUUGCCACUGAGUGUUACAGAGGUGGCUGUUAUCUGUGAUCUAUCCUGAAUACCCCAACAAAAUGGUCCUCCCCAUAUUCAGGACAACUCCCACCAGCUAACCAGUCAGCCAUGCACCGCCAAAACAUCUAAUAGGCAAUUUAUUACUUUUGUGACUUAGUAUUUUUAGUAUUAUAGGUCUACCCAUAAUAAGUUAUGUUAAAGCCAUGUAUAAUUGUUUUGUUAUGAUUCAUAUCAAGAAUGGAAAAAUUAUUCAGCUGUGUUACUACAUGAAAACCUGUCACCCAUUGCUAUUUAGUAGUUUUUUUAUUGAUCUUUUUAUUUUUAUUUCCAACCUUUCCAAAAUGUUUGAUACAUCUUGCUUUUUAUACAGAUACUCAAGCUUGGAAUGGAUGUUUGUAUUUUGAGUGGAUUUUGUUAAGUUAUAACUUAAGUGAAUUAAUGAAUAAGUACCAUAGCCGAUAUAGGGAAGGGGGUAUGCUAGUUUGUUGUAUGCUACAGUGUAAAAAAAUGUAUUGAUUAAACUGUGAUGAAGCAAUGUAAAGUUAUACAAAGCGGAUGUCAUUUAAAAAAGUGCCAAAGUUGGCUACUAACCCUGAUUCUGUUAAAGCUCUGGGUACUCCUGAAAUCCAUCCACUUUAAGCAGCUGUCUGGCACAGCAAACCAAAUGAAUUACAAGACAUGAGGAAAGUCAUGGAUAAAACUAUGGGACUGUUGUUUUUUUGUGGUUCACUAAUGAAACGAAGAUAUAGUUUGAUAGGUACAUCUAUUUUUUUUCUUUAAAAAACACUGAUUAAAUGUAGCUUGAAAGUU